AUGGCUGCCAUCUCGGGGUCGAACGCAGGUCCCGAAACCCUACCCGAAGGAGGGAGCGGAUCUGGAUCAGCGUCCGAGGUUGACAGCCCCCCCCUCCAAUGUUACGGUGGACAUCGUUUCUGGUGGAGGCUCGACAGAGCGCGAGGACACCGUAGAACACGGGCCGCUCGUCUCCAUCUGGACCUCCGCUGGCAACGAAUUAGGGCAUUGGGAGCCACUGGACGAACCAGUGCACCGACCCAGCAUCGUUAUAUGGAGGUCAUCCUUCGCAAGCCUGAUUUUCCGGGCUUUAUUGAUACUACUGUUGUACCAACGACAACUUCACUAGGAGACACCACUGACAAUGAUUUUCGUGGCUUUACUGAUACUACUGUUGUACCAAUGACAAGUUCAACAGGAGACUCCACUGACAAUGAUUUCCCGGGCUUUAUUGAUACUACUGUUGUUCCAACGACAACUUCAAUAGGAGACACCACUGAGGAUGAUAUUCGGGGCUUUAUUAAUGCUACUGUUGUACCAACGACAACAUCAAUAGGAGACUCCACUAACAAUGUCUCAUUUUAUCCAUUUGGAGUUGGAGACACACAAAAUGAAUGCUCUGAUGAUGGAAGUUCUGCACUCAUUUACCUCCUGCAACCGUUUAUAUUUUUUGGACACACAUACAACCAAAUAUAUGUCAACAACAAUGGACACUUGACUUUUGAUCAACCAUGGGACAGCUACUCCCCAUACAGCUUCCCAGGUCAUGGUGGCAAAGACAUCAUCGCUCCAUUCUGGACUGAUCUUAAUAAUUGUGAGAACGGUGUGAUCUCAUACCAGCAGUACACCUCUGGCGAUGUCCUGACACAAGCUACACAAGACAUAAAUCAAUACUUCCCUGAUCUGAGCUUCUCUGCUUCAUGGGUCUUUGUUGCAACUUGGGACAGAGUGGCGUAUUUUUCAUAUUCAGGAACUGAAACAUCUUUCCAAGUGGUUUUGAUUUCAAAUGGCCAUCUCUCAUUUGUUUUAAUGAACUAUGGUAGAAUUGCUUCAUCACAGCGAUAUGUACAGGCCGGUUAUGACAACAUCGACUCCAGCUAUUAUUUCUCACUUACCGAAUCACUCCAGACUGACUUCACAGGCUUAACACACAGCACCAAUGUCAAUGUUACAGGCAGAUGGGCCUUCAGAACAGAUUGUGGACCACAGGAAUGUCAGUUCAAGGGUAAUUUUAUUUUCCCAGUGCAUAUUUAA